GACGUGAGAGUAUCGAACAGUCAAUCAUGUCAUCAAAGGAAAAUUCACCAGAGCGGCCGAGCAAUAACGCACAGCAGAAUGGCGACUCAGAAAAGGGCAAGGAUGGCGAUGAGAAGCCCAAGCCCGUCGGAUUGUUUUCUCCAGAACUCAAACAUGUGAGGCGAGAAAUUGCUUGGAAAUGGUUGUUGACGACGGUUAUACUCAUGGCAGCUAUCAUGGCUAUUGGGCAGCAUUAUUCCAUGCGGAGUCAAACCUAUCUUCUCGUCUAUGUUGUGGACUUUGAUGGUCAAGGUCCCGCCAGUGUACCUGGAGUCGAACCACUAGUUGGUCCUAUCAUUCAAGGUCUUGCACGUACGCAAGUAGCAUCUGGUACACCAACGCUUGGAUGGGGACCUUUAUUCGGAUCUGAUUUCAACUACGACCCUAUCGCUGUACGACAGGCUGUCUACAACUGGGACGCCUGGGCUGCCAUCAUUAUCAUGCCUAAUGCAACUUCGCAACUAUACAAUGCUGUGCAGAACGGAAACACAAGUUACGACCCCAUGGGAGCAUGCCAAUUGAUCUAUCAGUCCUCCAGAGACGACACAAAUUGGUACGAUUUCAUGUUACCAAUAAUUUCACAAUUCCAAACUCAGGCUACAUCCAUGGUUGGCCAACAAUGGGCAAAGAUGGUAUUGCAAAAUGCCACGACUGAUCAAACGCUCUUGCGCAAUAUGGCCAAUGUACCUCAGGCAGUUUCACCAGCAAUUGGCUUCUCGGAAUUCGACCUCAGGCCUUUCUAUCCUUAUACCGCGAUUCCAGCCACCACGAUUGGGCUCAUUUACCUUAUCAUUUUGAGUUUCUUCUCGUUCGCCUUCUACCUGCCUAUCUGGUUCAGGUUCUUGAACCCUCAAGGACAUCCACCUCUUAGAUUUGUCGAGUUUAUCGCUGUUCGUUGGGGCGGUACUGUGCUUGCCUAUCUCUUCCNNCUGUCUCUGGCAUACUCCUUCGUUUCUCUGGCCUUCCAGAUCAACUUUUCUGGCGGCAAUCCUAUCACCUCGGAAACUCAAGUCACAGAUGUUGCGUAUGGUAACCCUGACGCUUAUGGCCAUGGAACCUUCCCCGUGUAUUGGAUGCUGAAUUUUGUUGCUAUGUGCGCUCUUGGUCUUGCUUGUGAGAAUGUGGCUAUGGUUGUUGGUCAACCAUGGACAGGUCUCUGGCUCAUCUUUGUAAGUGUUCUUCGGUUGGACACCUUCGUCAAGAUGCUAACCACAAGAGCAGNNUGGGUCAUCACCAACGUAUCAACUGGCUUCUACGAUAUCGACAUCGAGCCUGCGUUCUUCCGCUGGGGCUACGCAUGGCCUUUGCACAAUGUGGUUGAAGCCAGUAGACAGAUCUUAUUUGGUCUGCAUUCACGUAUUGGACUGGACUUUGGUGUGCUUUUUGCUUGGGCAGCUGUCAACACAGCCAUUGUGAGUUUUUCUCUCGCAUUGUCUGUCGCACGGCUCUUGGGACCCUUACUGACAGUGGCCACAGNNUUCCCCUUCACGUGUUGGUUCCUCAUGUACAAGCGUAAACACGAGAUCCAUGAAUACUGGGCU